GGCCGAUCGAGUGCAGAGGGCUGAACGAGUUGUGACUCACGAGGGAUAGAGUGAAGGGAGGAGUAAAAAUAGUAGUUGUAGGGCUUGACAUGUCAGGAGAAAGUAUUUGAGUGGAGAGGAGGGAAGUGGACGAACCUGAGACCCGGUCUUUACAUAGAGUCUGACCCACAUCUUGCAGACAGUGUGGUGUACGUCCUCGGGGAAAAAAAAACUUUGAAGUAAUAGUAUUUAAAGCUGUACAGGUCUCUUGCUUCCGCAUUAUUUCAGUUGUGUCAUCCAGUGUCAGGAUGUUGGGUCACAUGCUGUCGUUUGGCCGCUCCCUGGUGCGGAGGAAAGUGGUGGACAUGGACAACCUGGAAGACUCCAAGCUGUGCCGCUGCCUUACCACCAUCGACCUGAUAGCCCUGGGUGUGGGCAGCACACUGGGCGCAGGCGUCUACGUGUUGGCUGGAGAGGUGGCCAAAGGCAACUCUGGGCCCAGUAUUGUGGUGUCCUUCCUCAUCGCUGCUCUGGCGUCCGUCAUGGCCGGCCUUUGCUAUGCUGAGUUUGGGGCACGCGUACCCAAGACUGGGUCAGCGUACCUGUACAGCUAUGUGACUGUUGGUGAACUGUGGGCGUUCAUAACUGGUUGGAAUCUCAUUCUUUCUUAUGUCAUAGGUACCUCUAGUGUGGCACGAGCAUGGAGUGGCACAUUUGAUGAGCUCAUCGGAGGCCACAUUGAGCAGUUCUGUAAAACCUACUUCAGGAUGAGCGCUCCGGGCCUGGCAGAGUACCCAGACUUCUUUGCAGUGUGCCUCAUCCUACUCCUCUCAGGCCUCCUGUCGUUUGGUGUGAAGGAGUCUGCAUGGGUCAACAAAGUGUUUACAGCAGUCAACGUGCUGGUGCUGUUGUUCGUCAUCAUCUCUGGCUUUGUGAAGGGAGACUCAUACAACUGGAACAUCACAGAGGAGUCUCUCAUCAAUGUCACCAUUGUCAAAAGAAAUCUGUCUAUCAUGGAUAAUGUCACCAGUGACUAUGGUGUUGGUGGAUUUUUCCCGUAUGGAUUUAGUGGAACUCUUGCUGGUGCUGCUACCUGUUUCUAUGCCUUUGUUGGCUUUGACUGCAUCGCAACAACAGGUGAGGAGGUGAAGAACCCCCAGAAGGCCAUUCCCAUUGGGAUCGUGGUGUCCCUGCUCAUCUGCUUCCUGGCGUACUUCGGCGUGUCGGCUGCCCUCACCCUCAUGAUGCCCUACUACCUGUUGGACGAGAAGAGUCCCCUGCCCAUGGCCUUUGAGUACGUGGGGUGGGGCCCUGCCAAAUUUGUGGUGGCCGUUGGAUCACUCUGUGCCUUGUCAACUAGUCUGCUGGGCUCCAUAUUCCCCAUGCCACGUGUAAUCUAUGCUAUGGCAGAGGAUGGGGUGCUUUUCAAAGCGUUAGCCCGAAUCAAUCCUAAGACGAAGACCCCGCUUAUUGCUACAAUGAGCUCCGGUGUAGUCGCAGCAAUCAUGGCUUUCCUCUUUGACCUGAAAGCGUUGGUGGACAUGAUGUCCAUUGGAACCCUGCUUGCCUACUCUCUGGUGGCUGCCUGUGUUCUCAUUCUUAGAUACCAGCCUGACGCUGCCAUCGGAAGAAGCAGGGUGAAUGGGGACAUGGAAGGGGAGGCGGAGUCGGAGCUGACCGAGUCGGAGUCCCACCUCAACAUGCUCAACAAGGACAGAGCCCUGACACUGAACUCCCUCUUCAAGCCCUCGCUGCUCCCUACAGAGCAGACGUCCACUGUGGUCAAUACGGCUGUUGGGGUGAUAGUGGUGGUUGUUUGUAUUAUCAGCACUCUGACCACGCAUUACCAACAUGCCAUUGUUGCUAUGGAGCCCUGGGUUCUCGGUGUCCUGGCAGCCUCUGUCGGAGUCUUUAUCAUAUGUGUCUUCAUCAUCUGCAAACAGCCACAGACCUCCAGAAAGGUCUCGUUCAUGGUCCCCCUCCUGCCGUUCCUGCCCAUCUUGAGCGUGUUUGUGAAUAUUUACCUCAUGGUCCAGCUGAGCGGAGACACCUGGAUCCGCUUCUCCAUCUGGAUGGCAGUGGGUUUCCUCAUCUACUUCGGCUAUGGCAUAUGGCACAGCACGGAGCACAAGCGGGAGCAGCAGAGCUGCAGCAGCGUGCCGGAGAAGCCGCCCAGCCUGGGCCAGGAGGCAGGUACCGAGCAGCUCUUCCACCCAGAGAAGACCAGCCGCUGCUGAGGCAAGCAGAAGACGGGCGAGCCUACAAGUUCCUUGUGCUAAACGGACCCUUUUUUUAAUGAAUCACUGUUGACCCAUGCUCUUAACCACAAGCAGACAUGCAAAAGCCUCCAGAGGCUACCGUUCAGGAGUACCUUCUCCAUAUUUAACAUGCUUUUUCUCUGUAGAACAUGGGGAACGGGUCUGGUUUUGUCUGGUCUCAUGAAGGAGCAAUUAAACAUGACCAAGAGAAUGAAAGAUAAGAUAGGCACAUGAUAGGUGUGGAUGCCAUGGUUAAGAGGAUCAUAAAACAAGUUUAAUUCUCCCAGUGUAUGUUUGUGGAUGACACAGGGGUAUUUCUCCACCUGCCUGUGGCUUUACUUGGGUUCAUUUAAACUGGGUCCAUUUAGAAACUAGUUUUAAGUCAUAGAACACGUGAUACAAAACAUUACUAACAACAAGUUGCCUUUCCGUCUAUGAGCAAGACAUUAAGAGCUUAAGUGGACCUGGUCACUGCGACCUUAAUGGUUUAAUUCAUGGGAUCACGUGCUGAGGCUGUCUUUGUUUUCUAUAUUGCUCUUAAUAAUGGCUGCCAGUUAGAGGAUUAAAGCUGCUGUAUGUGAAGUUUCCUGCCAGCUGAGGCGGGGCUUA